UCAUGCAGCACUCAGUAUACGUUUAUAUAUAUAAAGAAAGAAAGAGAGAGAGCCUGAUUAGCUAGGGUUAUCCUUCUUAUGUUGAAGCUAGGAAGAAUAAGAAGAAGAAGAAGAAUAAGAAGAAGAAGAAGAAGAAGAAGAAGACUGAAGCAGACAGUAAUAAAAGUUGAAAUCCGAAAUGGGCAGAGGAAAAAUCGCGAUCAGGAGAAUCGAAAAUCGGACGACAAGGCAGGUUACGUUCUCUAAGCGGCGAGCCGGGCUGUUCAAGAAGACUCAUGAACUCUCCGUUCUGUGUGACGCACAGAUCGCCCUCAUCGUCUUCUCCAGUAACGGCAAGUUGUUUGAAUACUGCAGCCAGGCAACCUGCAGCAUGGAUCAAAUAAUCAGGCGCUACCAGAUUGCCAUCGGGAACCCUAUUCCGGACCAGAAUAUGAACGACCCGGAAGAAUUGGAGAGGCUGUUGCGGAUUAUGAGAAAAGACACAGACGAGCUUCAGCUGAGCUUGCAGCGCUACACGGCGGAGGAUUUGAGCACUUUCCAGCUUCGCGAUCUCGACGAAAUCGAGAACCGUCUCCAAACCUCCCUCAACAGAGUUCGAGCUCGAAAGUCAGAGGUGUUACAGCAGCAAGUGGAAAACCUGCGGAGGAAGGAGAAAAUGCUGGAGGAUGAAAAUGAACAAAUCUACCAUUUGAUAAAAGAGCAGCAGAUGGCGAUGGAGGAGCAGCAGCAGGUAGCGGCGGCGAUGAUGAUGCAGAAACGAAGAAGCGAAGAGGAAGAGAUGAGAAUUAGGAGGCCGGGAGAUCAUCAUCAGCAGCAGCAGCAUCAGCAGCAGCAUCAUCAUCAUCAUCAUCAUGGCGUUGAAGAUGAAGCAGUUGUAUGUAUGGAAGGCGAUGAUGGUGAUCAUGGCGAUGCUUUCGGGUUCAGUAAUCCUCACAUUAUCCAUCCCCACCUUCAGCUUCAGCUUCAUCCUCACGAGCCCAACAGCGUUCUUCAGCUGGGCGGCCCACUCCCUCCUCCUCCGCCGCCCUUCCUCCACCCCUACCGCCUUCAGCCCUUUCAGCCCAACCUCCAUUCCUCCACUACUUACGCUACCCCUUGACUUCAGCUUCAUCACAUACAAUCAAAGAUAUGGUGCACACUAGGAGUGAUGGGCGGUAAACAAGGAGGCCUCCUCAUGCCACAAUUUAGCUGACAACCCCCAAUUAUAUAUCAUUUAUAUUCUAAACUUUCUUUCAUGUCUCAACAAAUACUCAUUUAUAUGACUCUCUUUUAUUUUUCU